CCGUCACCAGCGAGCUGGCGGCGGAGCCUCGGUGGGGGCCGGCGGCGCUGCGGCGAUGUGGACUUAACCGAUAUUAUGACAUGCAAAAUCCCUCCGCACAUGAGGAAAAGAGCCCUCUUGUAAGUAAGAUUAGUGUAAGCUGUUGCCAGUAAAUUAAGAAUUUAUCAUAUUAUCAUAGGUGAUAAAUUAAUAUUGCAAUGUAAAGGAACAGUUGAGGACUUAGACUUGGAAUAUUAUUCUCAGUAAUAUUUAGAUAGAAAUAGUUUAAAAAAAAAAUCUAUCCCUAUUUUAACUUUUGAAAGAUUGACCCUUUUUAAGGAUGUCAGCAAUUACAGAAAUUCUGAUUUAAAAAAAAAAGUAGACUCUUUCACCUAUCUGCUGUUUGAUCCUUAGCUAUGAGAACAUGUUAGUUAUUGUCUAAUAGGGUAUUUAUAGGAUUUGGGGGAAGGGACUAUGACAUCCUGCCUAAAUCUCUGCAAUCACAUUUUGUAGCUGUUCUGUUUCAUUAGGCACUUAGGUUUAAUGGACUUAGAAACCAUUAACAUUACAUUACAUAAAGAACAAACCAAGAAAAAUGUAUUGCUGAAAGAAGGAAAAAGAAUAGAAUUGUAAGGGACUUGUAAACUGACAAAGAGUUCUGAUGGAAGUUUUAUUUGACCAAAUCUUAGGACAUUCAAUACUAUUGCAGAAAGACUGGUGGUUCUCUAGCCACUUUACCACUUAAAUGUUAAAAGAAAAGAUAAAAAGCUUUUUUACUGUCAGUAAUCAGACAUGGGAACAACCAGGUUGCCCAGAGAGGUUGUGGAGUCUCCAUUCUUGUCCGCAACUCAGCUGGAGACAGUCCUGAGCAACUUGCUCUAGGUGACUCUUCAUUUGAGCAGAGGGUUUGGGCUAGAUGAACUCCAGAGGUUGAUUCCAACCUCGACUAUUCUGAUUCUGCAAGAAUUGGAAAACUACCUGCUCUAAUUUUUGGCUGUCAUUUUGCAUGCUGUUAAGAGUCUCAAAGCUUUUGGAGAUGGGAUGUUCAGAGUUCUCAAUUUCUGCUUCUUCCACUCAACAGUUUCCUUUUUUUUUCUACUUGGAAUUAGUUGAUGACAUCCUAUUAAUGAUUUAGUACUGUAUUGAGUAGGACAGUAUUCAGUUGUGAAUUGAAUCACUGAAGGAAAUUACUAGUUCUGAGGGGCAAUAGACUGGCCCAUCUGCUGGACAUGGCCCAAAUUCCGUCCUCCUUAGAAUGAGUUCCCCAUGUCAAAUCCCGUUCCUAAUCUCAUGUAGAUGGCCAGGACUGUGCUCAAUUCAGUAGUCUUUGGUACUUAACUUGCAUCUAAAUAUUAGAUGUUUAGUGAACCAGAGCUAGUUAAGAAGACACUUGAAUUCCCUGUGGAGAGAGGGAGAUUAUUUUGAAGUGUUCCAGAGGGAGGUGCUCAUUAAAUUUAGAGUUUUGAGUUAAGCAGGUUGAAUAUUCCUCUGGGUGGCCCUCAGACAGAUUUAAAAUGCCUUUUAAAAACACAAGUAAAAGUUAGGUGGUUUAUUUAAAUAUAAUGCAUCUUGUCCGUUGUUAGGUCCCUCAACCUAAGAGGAAAAAAAUGCUACCAUUAUGCAGUGUGGUUCAAAUAUUUUGUAAUAUGAAUGAGGGGCUUCUCUGAGGGCAUUAAUCAUUGUAUUUCUACCUUUCAGUUUUUCAGAUUUUACUCCUAAUGUCACUUUCUAAAUGAAUGGAUUUUGUCAAAAUACUGUGAAAGGAAUAGAAAAGUUCCGUAAGUGCAGUGCUGACGUGGCUGAUGGAAGGAAAAUACAAAUUUACCAGUGAAACCAAGCACACUACAUUUAACCAAAUUUAACAACGUAAUCAAAUGUUCUGUAGGCACUGUGUUUCUUUUCUAGCAUAAUAAUUGACUUUAUAGACAUUGUGAAAGGAAGAAAACCCUUCAAGUAUGUUCACAUAUUACUGGGUGAACAAAAAGCACAAACACUGCUGUAUGCCACGUCAGCAGUCAUCCCGUUUUGCUUUUUCUUUAUAUUGCCAUGCCAGAAUUUCAACCUCACCCUGACCCGGAAGGUUUUAUUUAUAGUUUUCAAUAUCCCUUUCUCAUGGUGAUAGAGCCUAGAAAGACACAGCUUGCUGACACUAAAAACAUUUCCUGCUCUUUUGUUCCACAUUCUGCCAACCCCAUCUCCCUUUGUCCUAAUCUGUUGUCCUACCUCUGCAGACCGAGGCCCCAUCUGACAAAUUUACUUGUGCUCUCUAGGGAUUAUGAAAACCAGGAAACUUCAUUAAGUGUGAUUUAAUAACUUAGACAAAGGGGAAGAGCAGCUGGUCUGUUAACGAGUCUCUCAACCCCUGUUCUCUGACAGAAGAGCCUUUCUUGCGUGUGGUACAGUCUUCAACAAUUUGCAGUAAAAUGCUACAGAUGUACGGUUCAUGAAAAUUGACUUACUGUGCUUUGGAUCUGCCUUGCGUGGUUUAUUUGAGUGACCUGAGGCAAUUUUAUGGCAGGAAGUUUGCUGCUGUUAAAAAGAGCAACAGCUGAUCGUGGCCUAAAAUUCUGGUGUACAUUUUUUCUCUCUUUAUGGCUUAGCAUGGUAAUGUUAGAGGAAUAGCACUUGGAGACAACCUGCUGCACUCUGCUGCUCCAUAAGACAAACAUCAGUAAAGCCAAGCAGCAAGAAAAGAAGGGUUCUUCAUGAAAAAAUGACAGCAAGAGAACACAGUCCCCGCCAUGGUGCAAAGUCCCGCACCGUGCAACGGGCCUCCACCAUUGAUGUCACCUCAGACAUGCUAGGCCUUUCUCUCGCAGGAAAUAUUCAGGAUCCAGAUGAGCCGAUAUUAGAGUUCAGUUUAGCUUGCAGUGAGCUGCUAACUCCAUCACUAGAUCGAAAGCCAAAUAGUUUUGUAGCAGUGAGUGUAACUACACCUCCUCAGGCAUUCUGGACGAAGCAUGCACAGACAGAAAUUAUUGAGGGAACAAGUAAUCCUAUAUUUCUAAGCAGCAUUGCCUUUUUCCAAGACUCUCUUAUCAAUCAAAUGACACAAAUCAAACUCUCCGUGUAUGAUGUCAAAGAUAGAUCUCAGGGAACAAUGUAUCUGUUGGGUUCUGGGAUGUUCACUGUAAAAGAGCUUCUUCAGGAGAAGAAUCACAGGUUGCACUUAACACUAAGGUCCACCUCCAAAAAAAUUUCAACGCAGAGUGUUUGUUGCAGGUCUGCUGAAAGUGACCGUGUAGGUAACAUUACAGUUAUUGGAUGGCAAAUGGAGGAAAAAACUGACCAAAGGCCUCCAGUGACAAGGUCACCUGAUACAAUUAAUGGAAGGACUGUGUUACCAGUUGACGAAAGUUUAACAGAAUCUUUAGGAAUCAGAUCCAAAUAUGCUUCAUUACGGAAAGAUGCACUACUGAAAUCUGUGUUUGGUGGCGCCAUUUGCCGGAUGUAUCGCUUCCCCACCACCGAUGGAAACCACUUGAGAAUCUUGGAGCAAAUGGCUGAGAGCGUGCUGUCGCUGCACAUACCCAGGCAGUUCGUGAAACUUCUUCUAGAAGAGGAUGCAGCAAGGGUUUGUGAACUAGAAGAACUGGGAGAAUUGUCUCCUUGUUGGGAAAGCCUUCGUCGACAGAUAGUAACUCAGUACCAAACGAUUAUUUUAACUUAUCAGGAAAAUUUAACUGACUUGCAUCAGUAUAAAGGUCCUUCAUUUAAAGCCAGUAGCUUGAAAGCUGAUAAAAAAUUGGAAUUUGUUCCCACGAAUUUACAUAUACAGAGAAUGAGAGUUCAGGAUGAUGGAGGAUCAGAUCAGAACUACGACAUAGUCACCAUAGGAGCACCAGCAGCUCACUGUCAAGGCUUUAAAUCAGGUGGCCUGCGGAAAAAGCUUCAUAAAUUUGAAGAGGCAAAGAAACACAGUUAUGAGGAGUGUUGCACGUCAACAAGUUCCCAGUCUAUAAUAUACAUCCCCCAGGACAUUGUUAGAGCAAAGGAAAUUAUUGCACAAAUCAACACCCUGAAAACUCAAGUCAGCUACUAUGCAGAACGGCUCUCAAGAGCUGCCAAGGACAGAUCAGCUAAUGGCCUUGAAAGAACACUUGCCAUCCUGGCAGAUAAGACCCGGCAACUUGUCACAGUCUGUGACUGCAAACUGUUGGCAAAUUCAAUACAUGGACUGAAUGCUGCAAGGCCAGAUUAUAUAGCCUCAAAGGCAUCUCCAACCUCUGGAGAAGGGGAACAAGUGAUGCUGAGGAAUGAUCAAGAUACACUUGUGGCCAGAUGGACAGGAAGAAAUAGCCGAUCUUCUCUACAGGUGGAUUGGCAUGAAGAGGAAUGGGAGAAAGUUUGGUUGAAUGUUGACAAAAGUCUGGAGUGUAUUAUACAGAGAGUGGACAAACUUCUCCAGAAAGAGCGCUUGCAAAGUGACAGCUGUGAAGAUGUUUUCCAGUGCGACAUCAGCUGUACUAGUAAGAAAGGUAAUCGUGACACUCGUGCCUACUGGAUAAAUCCAGAAGAUUUAAAUGAGAGCUCAUCAUCCUCACCACCACCAUCAUCAUCCUCACCACCACCAUCAUCCACACCAUCCUGUGCAUGCCAUUCUCUCACAAAGACAAAUUGCAGCCCCGCUCCGGAAGAAUCUGGCCCAGGUGAAUGGAGCGAAGCUCUUUAUCCCUUGCUGACAACACUCACAGAUUGCGUGGCCAUGAUGAGUGACAAGGCAAAGAAAGCCAUGGUCUUUUUAUUAAUGCAGGACAGUGCCCCAACAAUAGGGCUCUGCCUGAGUCUUCAGUAUCGCAGGGAUGUUGUCUUCUGCCAAACUCUGACGGCUCUCAUUUGUGGUUUCAUUAUCAAGCUGAGGAACUGCCUGCAUGAUGAUGGAUUUCUAAGACAACUCUACACCAUUGGCUUGCUGGCGCAGUUUGAGAGCCUGCUGAGCACUUAUGGUGAGGAACUGGCAAUGCUGGAGGACAUGAGUUUGGGAAUCAUGGACUUGAGGAAUGUAACCUUUAAAGUAACUCAGGCAACAUCAAGUACAUCUACUGACAUGCUGCCAGUCAUCACUGGAAAUCGUGAUGGAUUUAAUGUGAGGAUCCCUUUGCCAAGCGCCUUGUUUGAUUUACUGCCGCGAGAGAUUCAAAGUGGCAUGUUACUGAGGGUUCAGCCUGUUCUUUUCAAUGUGGGAAUCAAUGAGCAGCAAACCCUAGCAGAGAAGUUUGGAGACACCUCACUGCAAGAAGUAAUUAACAUGGAAAGCUUAGUGCGGUUGAAUUCGUAUUUUGAGCAGUUCAAGGAAGUUUUGCCUGAUGAUUGUCUACCUCGAUCUCGUAGUCAGACGUGCCUGCCUGAACUGUUAAGAUUUCUGGGACAAAAUGUACAUGCAAGGAAAAAUAAGAAUGUUGAUAUCCUUUGGCAAGCUGCUGAGAUAUGCCGCAGACUAAAUGGUGUUCGGUUUACAAGCUGUAAAAGUGCCAAGGAUAGGACUGCCAUGUCGGUCACCCUAGAGCAGUGUUUGAUCCUACAGCAUGAACAUGGAAUGGCCCCACAGGUCUUCACCCAGGCUCUGGAGUGUAUGAGGAGCAUUGGAACACGGGAGGUAGUCACCCAGAAGAACUUGAGUGGCUUGGUGCCCAUCCGAGAUUUCAGACUAGAUCCCAGCCUCCUCUACUCUAUUCCUUUACUAGCUCUCAGCCCCAAUUUACUGAUUGUGUGGCUGUUUCUGAGCAUAGCAUACCUGGUGGCCAGAUUACGUUGCAAGUGAAGAUAAAGUUAAAAUAAAAACAAAAACAAAACAAAAUAUUGCUUGAAUGUGUAUUGCCACUUGGUACCUGCUGGACAAAGGAAUGUGUCAUAGCAUUGUCUGCCAAGAAUUAUUAUUAUGCCUUACAAUUUUACGUUUCUAUUGUACUAAACUGUAAAUAUACAUCAAAUUAUUUUAUCAAAAAGAAUUGUAUCGAAACUUUAAAUUAUUGUUCUGCUUUCAGUGCUUGUAACAUAGUCUGACAUUUGGCCUGUUACCUCGUUACUUUAGCCGGCCUGAAGAUCUCUUACCAAAUAUAGUUUUGUGUUAUUUGUUUCAUGUAUUCCAGAGAAAGGAACUCUGAAAAAAAAUUUGUAUCUUUUGUAUAUCAAAGGUGUAUGGUAAUCUUGCCUUUCAUUUUUAUGAGGUAUGAAGAGAAAAAUAAAAAUAUGGGUGGGGUUUAUAAGAAAUUAUAAGAAAUUUAUUUAAAGAAAUAAACAAAUUUCUACCUUCAUUUCAAAGCAUAAUAGCCAAAUUACAUUAUUAUUAUACAGUUUGUAGAACCAUAGUCGUGUUCCUUUCUCAUGGUUAAGUAUGUUCCAGUAGACUAGUAUACCCACUCAAAAUGCAACUUGCGGUGCGCUGCAUGCAGAAUUAUUUCAUUAUAUUUGUAGAUCUGCGUUUUGUAAUGUAUUAAAGACAUAAUGACUUGUGGUUAGGGAGAGUAUGUAAUCGGCAGAGCCUGCUAAUGAUCCAUUAUCAGUUUCAGGUGCUUUGUUAUAUAACUUACUCUGGAACAGGGUCAUUGUCAUCCUACUGAAGUUAGUCUUCAGUAUUUCAGGUGAAAAAAUGAAGCUGUUAAUUAGCUCCUUCAUUUAGGUGGGUUCUAGGUUUUCCAUUGGGCUUUGUGUUAAUGACACUAGGCUAAAUAUUAUUGUUAUUUUCACUGUUAAGUGUUGGACAGCUUUAAUAAAUGAUGAUGUUGAUAGACGAUGACUUAGAGAUAACUGAAUUAUGGUAAGUUAACGUUUAUUUAGGUGGUGAUACUAAAGAAACUUACCAAAUUUAGUCAUGCAGAACGAUGGUAGAAGAAAUUUGAUCACCAUUUAUAUCUAACACCAACCUGGCAGAUGCCUGUUUAAAUUGAAGGGUUUUGUUGAUGUAGUGGUCUGGAAGAGCUUGUCAAUAGCAAUAGUUCAUCAAAAACCUAACCUCAUUUAACAUAGUUUGCUAAUUUCAUAAAGGGAUUUGCUUUGCUUGGUGCCUGAGAUGACAGAAAAUUGGGCUUGAUGACUUGAGAAGAACUCUUGUAGUACUGUGAUUUCUAAUUUCUACUAUUACUGACUCGCUCAGAAAACAUAGAUAGCUGCAGCUUGUAUUAUUAAUUUUAAUCAAUUUUGAAAGCUCCUGAAAGAGGCAAGCCUAAAAAAAUAGAGAAAAAAUAAGAUAAAAUCAAAUGCUGAAUUCAGUAAAUAUUCCAACUAAUUAAACUACAUAUUUAUAUUUGUGUCUUCAUGAAAUAAGGCUGUACAGUACACUAUCUCCUGGUAUUUUUCUCACUAUUCUUCAAAUGUUGUUUUUAAAAUAGAAAAAGAAAAGCCCACAAAGACGUGUGUGUAUAUAUAUACACACACACACACACUAUUUAUUUAUUAUUUUAAUGAACUUAGGCAAAGCCUUACUGCUGAUGAGAUUUAAAAUCAUAAUAUGAUGGUAAUGGUCAUUUCCGCAUCCUGUGCUGCUACCCAGUACCACUGCAUGUCUGCACAAAUCAUUUCUUGUUUCUGAAGAAGACUGGUUCAUUUGCUAUGUGUACCAAAAUCUAUUUUUUCACACAUUGAAGGAAUGUCAGGUUGCACUGUAGCCUUGUUGUAGCAAUGCAUUGAAUGUCCUGGGUUCAGUCUAACAAGGUGUGAAAGUAACUUUAGCAGGAGCAUCUCCACUGAACUCCCUGGAACAAUAAAUCUGUUUUAAAAUAAAGUAUGAAGUGACUUUGCUUGUGACUGUUGAUAGGCCAGAUUAGGACCGCCCCUAAAUGAAUUUAGAAAGAAAGCCUCGACCUUUUGAAAACAAUGUGUUGGGGAGGGGGUUCCUAAACUUCAGUAGGGGCAAGUUUUGUUUUUCUUUUUAGCCCGGUUUGUGCUUUCACUCAGGGUUUCAGAUUUAAAACGCUGCAGUGCAUACUGCCCACGUGCAUCUGGCAGAACCACGGCACAUGAAAUGGUGUGAAACAUGCCUUUGUCACUGAAUGUGGUCAAUAACCAGAUGCAGUGGAAUAGGUAAUGAACAGGACGAUCCACCUCCGACUGAAAAUGCUCAGUCAGCAUCCUGUUAUGUUUUAUUUAAGCUUGAUGGUUUCAUUACUACACUGGAACAUAUUUUCUGCUAAUUCUUGAUUAAUCUAUUUGUCUGCAACAGUUGGCGAGGGUGUCUGUAAAACACAAAACAAUGUCAUAGAGGCAGUGUCAUAAUGUACGGUCCAUUCUAUAAAAGACCGUCACAGAAUACACUGCAGAGACAAAUUUCAGACAUAAACUGUUUCUUGGAAUGAAAAGUUAUGGUGCCAAUACAUUAUGAAGCUAGGUGGUAUAUAUGUAUAUGUAUAUAUGUAACAGAGCUACAGUCGGUUUAAUUAACCAAAAUCAGACGAACAAUGAGAUCAGGAAGAGCAGAGAGCUUUCACACUGAACCAGGAUCCAAACCCUCCUUUUAAAAGAGAUUACUGGCAUUUACCUGAUACCUGCUGCAGCCACCUCCAAGACAGGAGCAACAGGACAUUUCCACCAUAAGAUUGUGUACUGUACACUUGGUCAUGAACCUUCGCUAUUAAACGGUUGUUUAGCUUCCAGUUCUCUAUCAGGGAAAGAUGUUCUCAUGCAAGCCUAAUUUGAUUUAUAAUAUAUAUUUAAAACAGUGCUUCCUCUUUGUAUGUCUGUUUUGGAUAUAAUCAAAGGAACUUUGAUGUAGAUUUACAAUUAUAAAGAAGCCUUAUAACUGGAGUAUUUUUUUUUUUAUCGUAGUGCAGGACCUCUUUGUAAUGUGGGGCAGUUGCACCAAAACAUUGGGUAGAAGUUAAGCUCUACGUUCUGCACAGCUUUGUUUCAUUGGGGUGAUGACUGCCAACGCAGCCAAUCUUUUUUGCACCCACACAAAGCUGCUAUUUCAUGAUUAAGAUUUUUUUUUUAAAGUAUGCUGGUUUUCAAGUCAAUUUAUGCAUGCAGAGAUAACUGGAAAGCCAUUAUUUUUGUAUCAGCUCUAAUCUUUAAGUAAGUUCUGAUAAUACCGACAUGCAGGGAACAGGAGAAUUACUUUAAAGCUCCUUUGGAGAGAUCAGCAAUUUUUCUUUUUCAGCUUAAUGUACUAAUAAAUUAGCAGAACUGCUUUUAAGCAAUCUUUUGGGAUCCCUUGUGCAAUGAAGCGGCAUGUGAACUCCACAACAGUAUACCUGGAAAUACAUGAAACCUCCGUAAAAGAACUUUUUCGGUAGAUGCACUGCUGCUUUUUAGAAAUGCAAAACUAGCAACCAGACAUAGCAUGUGUCCAUUCUGUGUGCUUCUUACUAGCAUUGUAUGAUGAGUCAUCAUUUUUAAUAUUUGCAGUGGCAAAUUAAUUAAACGCUCAUUAAAUAUAACCAACUUUUUUUUUUAAUGCUAUAAAAUAACCAGUUCAUUUCAUCUUAGUUUAAGUCUUUUUUUUUUUCCUUUUUACUGCUGUCAUUUUUUUGU